AUGAAUUGUGCUGGCCACGGGGAUUCGGUAAUAGAUAAAUUGGGGAUGAUAGUUUCAAAACUGCCUUAUAAGAGAGUGUAUCUCUCAACUGAUUUGAAAUCAUCUACUUACAUUACACGGGAUGAAAUGGAUAUAGUUAUUCGUUUCCUUGAUGUUCUUUAUGCUAAUGCCAAAACGGCUGUUUUGGCUCUGGAUGGAAUGACUGGUGUGGCAAAGGAUAGUGAUAAGAUUGUGGAUUGGACGAAGACAACUAAGUGUAGCUUUGGUAAUUUGACUCUUUCCAAUAUAUCUGAUGAGUUUGCUUUGAAGUUUAUUAGUGUUCUAGAUCCUAUUAUUCCCUUAGUAAUCACCCAGUGUGUUUUUAAGGAUGAGAGCGAUGCUAUCCGAAAGACUCUAGAACUCAUAGAGGCGACCCAAAAGAAGAAUAUUAUAAUUGCUUCUAUGCCUGUACAGCACUUGCUAGGACUUAACAACACAACUAUUACGUCGGUAACUCGUUUUGCUAGGCGGCUGUGGACGUAUACUACUCCACGGUUUAAGCUGUCGUUGUAUUCGUUUCAUUAUAACUUAAUCGAGUUUGCUAAUCUUUCUAUCUGGGCCAACAAUCCGUUUCCAAACCUAGCGCUUAUUAAUGAAGCAAUAGCGUUUGAUGAGUUUAAUCGGCCUCUUCCGGCUUCAGCUAGUCCUAACCUCAACCGCAUGUUCUGCUUCAAAACAAUCCGACAUUCGACCGCUUAUACUGCUAGCCAAACCGAUUACUAUAUGCAGAAGAUGCUUAAGUCCAUUCGAUCAACUAUGGAGGAAGAGCCAAGUUAUCAAAUCUACCAUAAUCUAACUAGUAUCGAAAUAUGGCUUUGCUACAAUAAUACUAAAGGUGUGGUUGGCCUAGUUUUAACUAUUAUUCAAUUUAUCACCCAAAUCUAUCCUACAAUUACCCAUAUUACUAUUGACAAUGCCGCAGUCACCAAUCACACUGCUCAGGUGCUUGAGAGAGAACUAGAUAUACAAUGGAACUGCCAGAAAACCCGUAAAGACCCAUCUAAUUUACCCAAAAUCAAAAUUUCCCUCCACAACAAAACAUGCAAUGCAUACUUCUCCUACCAAAUCAAUCACCACUAUACAAACCAGCAUGUCGUUGAAUCUAUUGUUGAGAUCACUCCUAUCCCCAAUUACAGACUAUUUCCACCUACUAAUUAA